UCAAUAAAAUUCACCAGUUUCAAGUGUACAAUUUAACAAUAUUUUGUACAUUUAUAGGAUUGUGCAAUCGUCACUACAAUCCAGCAUUAGAACAUUUCCAUUACCCCAAAAAGUUUCCUUGGGGCCUCUGUAAUCAAUUCCCACUCCCACCCAGCCCUCCGCUGGUGUGCUUCCUGUCUCUCUAAAUAUGCCUUUUCUGCACAUUUCAUUUAAGUGGAAUCAUAUAGUACGUAGUCUUCUGCUAUUGUCUCUACUAGUAUAUAAGUUUGGUAUUUUCCACAGUGAAAACAAUUUUCUUGAAUUGAACAAUGACUUACAUUUCUAUAGCAUUUCGUGGUUUGUAAAAUGCUUUCACAUACUUUAUCUGAAUGGCACCACACUCAAACAAAGGGCCUAAGUAAGGCAGGAUAACAUUUCUUACUAAUCUUAUAGAUGAGGAAACUGAGGCUCCGAUGGUUUAAGGACCCCAAGGUCACAGAGCUAGCAAGUACCGAAUUAGGACUCAAUUCUGGCCUCCAGUCACCUGGUGAGAUAUUUUCCCCUGUCAUGCUGCCUUGCUAUACUGCCCACCGCCCUUGUCCCCCCAUCCCAUCACUUAGUGCCCCAUCCCUCCAACUCAGGCCUCUCCGCAUGGAGCCGGAGGAUCUGAGCUGCAAGCCUCGGCUGGCUCUGCAUCCACACCCAGCUAACAGUGGAUGUAGAACCAGUCUCAGGGCCUUGUUUCCUAUCUGGAGAAAAAGACAGAAUCUCUCUUCUACUCUUUCUUCUUCAGCCUGAGGUGGAAAGGGGAUUCCAGCCAAUCAGAGGUGUGGACCCUAAGGAGAUGAAGGCUGGUUUAUCUUCUUUAAGACAGAGGCAGAAACAAGGUGUUCUGUGUGUACACGUGCAUGUGCAUUCCUCAGCAGUGGGGAGAACCAGAGGGAAGGCAUGAGCGAGGACAAGGAGGGUGCAGGAUCAAGCCAGCCGGCACAUGAGGCUUCCUUCCUGAAGGUGCGUGUGUGAGUGUGUGAGCGGGUGCCUGGGGGCACUAGUGCACAGCUCUGUAUACACGUUUGCCCCAUGGUCUGUAUCUUUGCAGCUAGACUAUCAGAGGAUGGAAAUAUCCUGAAAUCUCUUUGCCUUCUCUUUGUGUCUUUACAUUUUUUUAAAUGAUUAUUGUGUCUGCUCUGUAACCCCAUUCUUUGGCAUUUUAUAGUUAACACUCAGGCAGAGCUCAGAAGAAACUACCAAUGGCGCCUUCCUCUGGGGAAUGGGACUGGGGAUCUCAGGACUCACUUCCCACUGCAAACCCUCUUGCUUCAUUUGAACUUUUUGUCCUAUAUUUGUGGUAUUUUCAUAAUAAAAUGAGGGGAAAACCAUCGUUAUUACCAGUAAGCAGCAGUGUUUCCCUGAAGAGCCUGCUUCUGUCAGCCUACUAUAAGGCUGAGCGGAUUACAAGUGCUGUCAAACGUAACUUCUCAUGUAAUCCACUCGUUCAUUCAACAAAUACUUGAUGUUUCCUAUGUGCCAGGCAGGCACAGCUCUAGAAGCCGGAAUACAGCAGUGAACAAAACAGGUACAAAUUCCUCCCCUCCUGGGGAUCUACAUUCUACUGGAUGCAGAAAGACAUACAACAAAAUUAAUAAAUUACAUGGCACAUGAGGAGAAAAGGCAAGGCAGGGAAGGCUGGUGGCAGUACUGGGGAUGGGAGGAUGUCAUAUUGAGGCGGGUGGUCAGGGAAGGUGACCCGGGAGCAGACUUGGAGGAGGUGAGGGAGUCAUCCAGGGAGCUAGGUGGGAGAAAAGGGCUCCAGGGAACAGCAAAUGCAAAGGCUCCGAGACAAGAGUGGUGGCCAGCACGCUUCAGGAACAGCCAGGAAAGCAGGGUGACUGCAGAGUAACAGGAGCUGAGGUUGGAGGGGUUGGAGAGUCAUCAGAUCAUGUGGGGCCUGGCGGACCACUGUGGGGUUUUUGAGUCUUACCCCAAAUGAGAUGGGAGCCACUGGAGAGUUUGAGCAGAGGAGGGUCAUGACCUAAUAUGUGUUCACAGGGUCAGCCUGGCUGCUGCGUGGAAACCAGCCUGUAGCCGGGAAGUGGGGAGCCCUGCGAGGAGAUUGUUGAGAGGUGGUGGAGGCUUGGAGGGUGGGGGCAGGGGAGGUGGGGGGUGGGCAUCCAACUCUGGAAAUAGCUAGAAGGGACAAACGACGAGAGUUGCCGAUGGAUUGGAUGUAGGGUUUGAGAGAAAAAGCAGAGGAGAAUGACUCCAAGGUUUUGGGCCGGAGCAGCCUGGAGGAUGAGAUGGGGAAGACUGGGGGGCGGAGGGGAGCAGAAGUAGGUGACAUGGGGAAGACCACGAGCUCCGCCUGAAGAAGUUAAAGUUAAGAAGACGGAGGCGAUGGGUUGCCGCACAUGGGUGUCGUCAGCGUGUGAAUGGUAAUGCCAUCCUCCGAACUCGUCCCCAUCUCACAGGUGUGGACGCUCGGGAACCAGGGCUCUGAGUCCGGGGCGGCCCAGGUCACGUGGCCGCGAGCUGGCGCCCCCUGGCGCGGGAAGGUGGGCGGCGGCGGCGGCGAUGGCGGCGACGAUGGCCGCAGCGCGCGAGCGCGGGGAGCCGGGCCGCAGGGCCCUGUACUUCUGCGGGAGCAUCCGCGGCGGACGCGACGACCGGGCGCUGUACGAGCGGAUCGUGUCGCGGCUGCGGCGCUUCGGGACCGUGCUCACCGAGCACGUGGCGGCUCCCGACCUGGGUGUGCACGGGGAAGAGGUUGCUGGGGGUGACAAGCUCAUCCAUGAGCGAGACCUGGCCUGGCUGCAGCAGGCUGAUGUGGUCGUGGCAGAAGUGACCCAGCCAUCCUUGGGUGUAGGCUAUGAGCUGGGCCGGGCCGUAGCCCUCAAUAAGCGAAUCCUGUGCCUCUUCCGCCCGCAGUCUGGCCGAGUGCUUUCAGCCAUGAUCCGCGGAGCAGCAGAUGGCUUGCGGUUCCAGGUAUGGGACUAUGAAGAGGGAGAGGUGGAGGUCAUGCUGGAUCGAUACUUUGAGGCUGAUCCUUCUGAGGAGGUGGCUGCCUCCCCUGAGCCAAUCGCUUGACUUAACCUCACUUCAUUAAAUUCUUCGAAUCCCAGACUCUGCUCUAGUACCAUUCCUGCCCCUUAGCCCCAGUACCAAAUUAAAAGGUAUGUUUAAAAUUCA